AUGAAGAAGCCUGUUUUUGUUCUUCGUGUUCUUCUUAUGUUGUUUGUGUUUGUACUGUUUGAGAUGGCAAGGAGGGGUUAUAGUGGCUCCCACGCUGCUAGUGUUUCUACUGAUGAUAAUAAAAUCAAUUUGGAACUUUGCAUCUCUAGCCGGAGGUUGUUAUCAGUAGUUAUUGAUCAUGUUGAAUACGGAAAAGUGGAUGCACCGAUGGCACGGCCGGGAGGGCCAGGUGGAAGAUCUAAAGCUGCACCCACUCCACCGAGGAGAGGAUCGCGUCAAAGACCCAGCAGACUUGCACCCCCUCCACCUAGGAGAAGAUCAAGUCGAAGAACCAGACCCAGAGCCCCCCCUCCUCCUAUAGGUAACCCCCCAAUAAGACCUGCUCUCCCUCCUCCAACACCACCACCUUUGCUGUCGCCACCUCCUCCUUGUGGUUACUGUUAUUAA